AUGCUACAAUUGUGCUGCGGUUGUAGCCGGGGAAACUGCACUCUGCUGUUCGGUGAUAAGAGCUACGACAAUGGCGUCGAGCGCAGCGGCGCUUUUGCCGGCCGCGACGUCAGGUUGACAUUCCGAGCGAUUGGAAGGUCGCAAACUGGUCUGAUGAUUGCGGCAGUCAUUACCCAGACGUCGGCCCGCGGUCUGCUAGAUUGGCGGCCAUCUCCCCCAUCUGCCGGCGAUUGGCGGCCAUUAUGCGGCACGCGCCCUCACCGUUUCCGUUCGACCGCACCGGUAAUUCCCCGGCGGCUGAUUGGAAGGGGAGUAGCG